GACUGUUCCCUCAGCUCCAGCAACCGCCAUAGCUGCUGUACUGAUUUUGACGACUGGAGUUCUUCUGGUGGUCUCGUCCAUCCACAGUUCAGUCGCUCCUGGCGUUCAGCAUUGCCGCCCGACGCCAGAAAAAGCAGUUCACUGCUCGUAUACAUAGCGCAGCAGUGUUAAAGCGGAGCGGGAUUGUGUGGUAUUCAAGAUAGAGCGUGUCGAACGCACGAGGAACUCGCGAAACAGGGAGGAAAGCGUUGGAUAGCGAGAAACGGAGCGCCGUGGGUCUGUCACGAAGGUUCGGAAGGGUGUUUAGGAUGCCGCUUUAGAACCCCUUGUCGUCAAACUUAUUAGUGACCACCUUAACGACAUCUUUCAAGUGUGAUUCGGGUCGUUGUUUCAGAGAGGCGCCCGUGGAACGAUUUCGGGCCUGGCAUCUAGGGCCGUGAGGAAGAGCCAUUAACAGCGGAGUCAGAGACAGCGGGACAAAAGACCGGACCGUACCUUGAAAGUACUCGAAGAACGUCGAGCAAUACGGUCGUCAGUGAUGGCAACAAUUCACAAGGGCGACAUGGUGAAGCUUAUCAGUGCGGAGGGCUUUGAGUUCGUCAUUGACCGCCAGGCAGCCAUGGUCUCUAACACGCUCAGAAGCAUGCUCAGCUCAUCAGGGGGGUUCCAGGAGAGUGACAGCGGUGAGGUGCGGUUCCCUGAGAUCAGCACGCCCAUUCUGGAGAAACUCUGCCAGUACUUCUACUACAAGCUGCGAUACAGCAACCCUGCCAACCAAAAGAACAUUCCGGAGUUCAAGAUUGAACCUGAGAUUGCACUGGAGCUUCUUAUGGCUGCCAACUACCUGGACACAUGAAAAAACAGCUGAAGCAUUCGAUAUGGACCCGAAAGGUAAACAUGUCGAAGGGCACCUGUGAGGGAAGUACGGUAGUUUGGAAAAGCAUUUGAAAUAAGCUGGAGGUUUACUGCUUGUGAUGAAUGGUGCCUUGUUAGCUGUACAUUGUAAAGCCGUGCUGGAGUUUCCUUGCUACGCAAAUGGUGGGUUUCUGGGGGAUUUGGUGUGUCGUCCCAAAUCAACCUGUACAGAAUUGGUACUGCACAUCACACUCAUGAUUUCAUACCUUAGUCUAAUUUUUCGGUUUCAUUGCCUC